AAAAAUUCAGUUAAAAAAAAGUUAUUUUUCUUUUUUUCCUCUUUUUAUAUUCCAGGUUGAUUCCACAGAAAUGACCAGCUCAGACAGGAAGGACAAUUUUAUUGGUUUAUAUGUUCUCAGCUACAUACAUCCCUGCUAUAAUUUACAAAAUAGCACGUAUGUAUUUACGAGUAGCCCCUCUUUUGCCUGUGUCUUGUUGUAUAUUCUCCUUGCCUCACUCUCUAUUGUCACAUCAUGUGGAAACCUGCUUGUAAUCACAUCUGUCAUUUAUUUCAAACAGCUCCACACUCCCACUAACUACCUCAUCCUUUCUCUAGCCGUUGCUGAUCUGCUGGUUGGAGUUCUAGUCUUUCCUUUCAGUAUGGCUGUCCCUGUAAGCUCAUGUAUGUAUCGCCAGGGGAUUUUCUGCAAAAUCCGUGACAGCUUUGACAUCACUCUGUGCACAGCUUCCAUUCUGAACCUAUGCUGCAUUUCCAUUGACAGAUACUAUGCUGUGUGUCAGCCUUUGACAUACAGAACAAGUAUCACAGCUCAGGUAACUGCCAUCAUGAUCCUGGUGAGCUGGGGCAUCUCUGUGUUUAUUGGGAUCACCAUUAUAGUUGUUGGAUUUAGUCAAGGCUGGUGUGAGGAGAACUGUUCAAUUGAUGUUGUGGUGGCUAACUCUUUAGGACCAGUUUUCUCAUUUUAUCUUCCUGCAAUCAUAAUGCUCUGCAUUUACUUUAAGAUUUUGCUCGUAGCACAAAAACAGGUGAACAGCAUCCAGAACACCAGCAGCUCAAAGAGUGAAGUUAGUAAGAUGGAGCGAAAGGCCACAAAAACUCUGGCUAUUGUCAUGGGAGUGUUUCUUUUAUGUUUUACUCCUUGUUUUAUUUGUGUUGUUUUUCAGCCUUUGUUUGUCACCCCUCCCCAGAUCCCUGUGAUUGAAACACUAAACUGGCUCGCACUUUCAAACUCAAUGCUGAACCCUUUAAUCUAUGCCUUCUUCUACAGCUGGUUCAGGUCAGCUUUCAGAAUCAUAAUGUCUGGAAAGAUCUUUCAAAGUUACUCAGCUAGUGCACAAUUAUUCUGA